GUGAGUGAAGGAGUGCGCGCAUCGCUUCGCCUGGAGAGACCACCUUCUUCUCCAAUCCCCAGUUUUCUCCCCUUGCUGCUUUUGCCCGCCCCCCUCUCCCCCCCAAAAAAAACCAAAAAAAAAAAAAGAAGAAGAAGAAGAAGAAGAAGAAAGGAAGAAGAAAACCUAGCUAGUGUGAAUCGCGAGCACUUACCGAUGCUUCGAAGGGCGACGGCUGCGGUGGCCGGCCGCCGUCUACGACCGGCGGUGGGCCUCUCGCCGUCGGCCCCGGCGAGAAUGGUGAUGGGUUGCACCCACCAGCAGCUCGCCGACCCAUGGGCAUGGGCAGCCCGCGAGGAAGGUGGCCGUGUCGCCGGCAGCUCCCUGCCACGGCGGCCGACCCCUACCACCGCCAUCGGCCGGGUCGCCGCCGGGCGCCGCCCACCUGCACCGGCAACUGGCCCACCGCAGGGGACGCCCGCCAUGUCGCUGGCACCACCACCACCAAAGGCCUCGCCUUCCGCCGCCCGCCUGCAGAAGCCGGCAGCUUCCUGCCACGGCGGCCAACCAAAGGCCUCGCCUUGGGCCGGGUCGCCGCCGGGAGCAGCCACCCACCUGCAGCAGCCGUCGCGGAUGAAGCUCUCUCCGUCGCCGGCACCUGGCGCCCAACACCUGCCACCGGCAAAGCCCUCGCCUUUGGCCGGGUCGCCGCCGGGAGCAGCCACCCACCUGCAGCAGCCGGCGGCGAGGAUGCUGGCCUCGUCGCCGGCGAAGAGGGUGCUCUCAGUCUUCUCACCAUCAGCGGCCGGGUCGCUGCGGAGGGAACGUAACCAUCUGCCGCCAUUGGCCAGCUGCUUCUGCUUGCGGCGGCUGAUGAGUACCGGACUACCUCAAAUUCCAAGUCCCCCAGCAACACUGAUGAGACCUUGGUGUAAUGAGGAUGAGCAGGUGCCUCAACUAACCCCUUUUAAGAUCAGUCAUGGUGUCUCGGAUACAAUGAUGAAGCAGUAUGAGGAAGACUACAAGUAUCUUGUGGAGGAGGGGCUGGAUCUUGAAGAGAUGAAGAAACUUUACCAUGAGCUGGUGCGUCCCGUUUUAGUUGCAAGCUGUCUGAUUCUUGAACAUCACAUUGUCAGUCCUGAAACCAAAGCGCUAGAUCAGAAAUUCAAAGACAAGUUCGGGAAACCCCCAAUCUAUCUCUCAGCUCUUGAUAUAAUGAAGACCUUGAUUGCUAUGGAGCCGUCGAGAUGGAGUUACCUUAUGGAUUUCUUAAGAGAGAAACGUAUAUUGGUCACUGAGAAUUGGGAAGUUUCACUGGGUUCCAUCGAGUGCAUCAUGCACGACGACAGCAUUAGUUUUAUGAUGAAUGGCCGGGUCGUUUUCAAAGGGCAAUCUGAUGGUAGGUAUAACCAUGGGACUGGUACAGCCGAUCUUUGCACAGCGAUUACUGGUGAAGCUACAGAUAUCGUUGAUUGUGCCAUCUACCGAGAGGUCCCUUGCAAUUCUCCAACGCACGCUGAGUUGCUUGGAAUGUAUGUUCUAGAAAGAAGGGCAAUAUCGCUGAAAAUACUGUUGUUUGAUGUGAAAACCGACAACGCUUUUGUCAGUGAAACAGUCAGAGAUAUGUUUCCUAUUACUCCAAACACUACUGAGAAGGAUCUGUGCCAAGUGUUGAGAAGUAUGAAAGUCUAUUUCGAACACUUCAAUUGUCGGUGUGAACCUCGGGAGAAACUUGAGCUAGUGGAUAGUUUAAUGAAAAUGAAGGAUAAUGAGAUGACAAUGGAAUCAAUCAAGGAUAAAUGGGCUCAUUACCUUCUGAGAUUGCCUGUCUUCAGGGCUCAUCAGCCAACCAAGACCAUAAGAAAGGACUAUAUAAACAAGGCUCCAACUGUUGGUACAGUAGCUUUCCAUGGGCAAUACAAAAUUGUCGCAAAGGGGGAUACAGCAAAAACGGAGGCUGUUGUGAACUUGGUGCUAUCGCUUCAGCCAAUGGUUGCUUCAGUUUUCGUGGGAAAUCACAUCUCAGCAAUCUCAGUCAAGGAAGAGAUAGAAAAGUUUGUCAAGGGGUAUUUACUGGACAUCAAGGAGGCUAAGGGAGCAUAUGUUGUUGUCAUGAAAUUUAUAGAAACUCCCAAUGCAGGUGGUAAAAUAUUAGAUGUCUUGUUUAAUACUGAAGUCGGUGAGGUGUACAAGCAGACAGCAAACUCGGUCUGCGUCAAACUACUGGACAAGAAUGAUGGAACUACUCCAGAGCUAAGUCCAGCAUGUCUUCUUAUUUUCGGUUGAGUCACAAAGGGUCAAACUAGUAGUUUCUUGGCAUGUGCCUUCUGUAAGUGUGCUGUUUAGGUGGCUGGAGGGCCCUUUUUGGUUAGUAGUCUAGACCCUAACAACAUGUUAUUACUUAUGCUGCUGUUAUGCACCCUGUGCAGCACGCUUCU